UAACUUGGUAUCACUGGAACUCCGAGAGAACUUGCUGACAUAUUUACCAGAGUCUCUGUCUCAACUUCAGAAACUUGAAGAACUGGAUGUAGGAAGCAAUGAACUGUAUAAUUUGCCCGAGACAAUAGGCUGUCUUGUCAGCCUGAAAGACCUGUGGCUUGAUGGAAACCAGCUGUCUGAUAUACCCGCGGAAGUGGGCAGUUUGAGAAGCUUGACGUGUCUGGAUGUGUCGGAGAAUAAGUUAGAGCGCCUCCCGGAGGAGAUGGGGAACCUGCUGUCCCUCACUGACCUGCUGGUGUCCCAGAACCUCAUAGACCUGCUGCCGGAAGGCAUCGGGAAAUUAAAGCGUCUUUCGAUACUGAAAGUGGAUCAGAACCGUUUACUGCAGCUCCCGGAGAGCAUCGGCCACUGUGAAAGCCUGACAGAGCUAGUGCUGACAGAAAACCAGCUAGUGAAUUUGCCAAGAAGCAUUGGAAAGCUAAAGAAACUCUCCAACUUCAACUGUGAUAGGAAUCGCCUCGCAUCUUUACCAAAAGAGAUCGGCGGCUGCUGCAGUCUGAAUGUGCUGUGUGUGAGAGAGAACCGGCUGAUCCGCAUCCCUCCAGAGCUCUCGCAGGCCAGCGAACUCCACGUGCUGGACCUGUCUGGAAACAGACUGCUGUAUCUGCCCCUGACGCUCACGUCUCUACGGCUCAAAGCUCUGUGGCUCUCGGAGAACCAGUCUCAGCCUCUGCUCACCUUCCAGACGGACGUGGACCCCGAGUCUGGAGAGAAGGUGCUGACCUGCGUUCUGCUGCCUCAGCAACCAUGCGAAUCGGAAAACACAGGUUCAGAUAAUCUGGCACGCUGCGGGGCUCUGGAGAGUUUGGUGGAGAGCAGCAUUCUGGACGACACAUGGGACGAUAAAGCUGCAAACCGAAUGAGCACCAUCCGCUUCAUGGAGGACGAUGAUGAUGAAGACGAUGAAGAGAGGACGCUCCUGCGACGGGCCACUCCUCACCCCGGCGAGCUCAAGAACAUGAAGAAAGUGGCGGAGAGCAUCCGAAAGGACAUGAACGCCGCCAAAGGCCUGGAUUCCAACAAAAACGAGGUCAAUAAUGCUGUGGAUCGCGUGACCACGUCUGUGUGACCGACAUGUCUCUCCCCGGUGUGUGUGUGUAUGUGUGUGUCCCAGCCAUUCCUCUCUGUUUCAACGCUGUCCCCGGAGCCCCUUUAUCCAGCCCUGCUCACUUCAUCAGGAACACAAACACACGGUGCCUUGUUUUCUAAAAGAGCAAUGAUCCUGCAGAGGAGGAGCACGUCUUACUCUCCACAUCCACUGCUUUGUUUGCUUUCCUUCUCCUCACAGGUAGUUGCACAACAGUCUUAGCAUCUGAAUCUUUUAAUAUUGAAAUUUCUAUAUAUAUAUUAUGCUCUAUUUUUUUAUUUUUUGAAACACUGGGUGCUUUUCUUUCUUACUUUCUUUCGGUGACGUGUGGAAAAAGCCCAGAUAUUUUGGACCUACUGAUUAUUAUUAUCAUUAUUUUUUAAUUAUUGUAUAGUUGCUUGUGAAUAUUGAUACUUUUAUAUAUGUAUAAAUAUAAUAAUGGCAGCUCAGGUGGUGUAAAUUUUAGAAAGAGAAGCCAGUUUUUCUUUAUAAUCGACGAACUCUUCCUUAAUUUUCCAAUUCAAAAGCAUUCGAACAAAGAUUUCCAGCAUUGAAUUGAACACCAGCCGGCAGCUUUUGUAUUUCCUCAUCAGGUUUUUCCCCUUGUGUGUUUUGUGCUGAAAGGGCUACACACUCCAGCAUAUCCACGUCAACUUCCAGCUUUAUUUUACUGUCAAAGCAGGUACAAUACAACUUUAUUAAUUAAGGUAAUGGUCGUUUUUAAUCUCUAGCUUUGGUUUUGGCUUUUAUUUUUCCCUCCAGGUGCCAGAACGCACUUUUAAAUACGACGCUAUCAUUUUAAGUAUAUGUGUAUGGUACACUACGGACUUCAUUUUCCAUUUUGUAUGUUUUGAUUUGUACUCCGAGACGAACGGAUGCUUUUUAAUGUUGAUUUUUUUUAUUAUCUUCAUUAUAUGAUGAAGCUGCACAGAACACAAUCUUACGCAGGCGCUGUUUCUGGGCCAAUACGUUUAUGACUUUAACCACUGAAAUAAUAAAGUGACUUUAUGAAA